AUGGCAUAUUUUAGGUUAUUAGCAUUGCUGUGGAAGCAUAUAAUUUGUGGUACAUUAACAAAUGAGGUGCAUUGCACCCGAAUAGCACCGAUUCAAGGAAGUGCUGCAAAUAUGGAUGAUUCCGGAAAACGGAUUCAAGAAAUCAGUACAACUGUUGCUGAUUUAACACUUAAAGAAACAUUAUGUCUUAAUUUUUCGGAUGGGAUGAGAACACAGAUCCACACCAUUGAAUAUGUUCGCAUGGAACAACAGUUUCCUGUUUCCGCAUCCUACAAAUUCGGAAUUCCGCUGAUCACAACAAGUUGCAUCUGUGAUUGUGCCGGUGCCGAGCAGUAUUGCAGUGUGGAUGAUUAUAAAUAUAAGUAA